AGAGGCUGCCGUGGAUCUGCUGCUGUUAUGGAGACUCCUGCAAUUCAGCGAUACUGAUUGUUCAACUUUGGUUAACAGACUGGACGGAUAACGCGCUUUCAUGGCCGUUCUCCUGUCACAUUAGCAACUCCAAAUAUGUCCAAAAGCUUGAAGAAGAAAAGUCACUGGACCGACAGGGUCCAUGAGGUUGUGUUGUCCAGGGGUCCGAGUGGUGAGCUCGGGUUCGAGCUGCAGGGAGGCGCGGAGAACGGACAGUUCCCUGUUAUUGGGGAGAUGAAACUGGACAGGGGCAGACUGAAUAAGGACGAGCUACUGCUGGAAGUGAAUGAUACUCCAGUGGCCGGACUGACCAUCAGGGAUGUGUGGGCUGUGGUCAGACACUGCAAAGACCCCGUCCGUCUGAAGUGUGUCAAACAAGGAGGUGUCGUGGAUAAAGAUCUUAGGCAGUAUCUCAACCUACGUUUCCAGAAAGGCUCACUGGAUCACGAGCUUCAGCAAAUAAUUCGGGACAACCUUUAUCUUCGCACCAUACCCUGUACAACCAGGCAGCCUAAAGAAGGAGAGGUUCCAGGAGUAGACUAUAACUUUGUGACCUUUGAGCGGUUUGUGGAAUUGGAGAGAAGUGGAGCUUUGCUGGAAAGUGGAACUUAUGAAGAUAACUAUUACGGCACGCCUAAGCCCCCAGCAGAGCCCAGCCCACUUCUGCUGAAUGUAGCGGAGCAACUGUUGCCAGGCUCCACACCCAGAGCAGAGGGCAAACGCAGACGCAACAAAUCCGUCAGCAACAUGGAGAAGGCUGGCAUCGAUCCGCCCGAAGAUGAAGAGGAGGAGAGGCCCAUCGUCAAUGGCAACGGAGUGGCCAUCACCCCAGAGUCCAGUGAGCAUGAAGACAAGAAUACAGACAUUUCUGGAGAGAUGCCCUCCACAAGCCCCUCCGAAACCCCCACGGAUGCCCCUAAAGAAGAGGCCGAACCCCCCAAAUCUCCCCCCAAACCAGAUGAGAAUGACGAGAUGGGUCCUCUCCCGGAUAACUGGGAGAUGGCUUACACAGAGAAAGGAGAGGUGUACUUUAUAGACCACAAUACAAAGACAACGUCGUGGUUGGACCCCCGGCUCGCGAAGAAAGCGAAGCCCCCUGAAGAAUGCAAAGAGAACGAGCUUCCUUAUGGCUGGGAGAAAAUUGAUGACCCUAUUUAUGGAACCUACUAUGUUGAUCACAUAAACCGAAGGACUCAGUUUGAAAAUCCUGUUCUAGAGGCCAAGAGAAGACUACAACAGCAACAGCAGAUGCAGAGUCAAGGCCUAUCCUCUCUCCCCCUGCCUGCUGUCUACAGAGAAAAGCCUCGAUUCACACGGGACCCCACACAGCUGAAGGGCAGCUUCCUUUCGACAGCUCUGCAGAAAAGCAACAUGGGAUUUGGCUUCACCAUCAUUGGCGGUGACGAACCGGAUGAGUUUCUACAGGUCAAAAGUGUUAUACCAGAUGGGCCUGCAGCACAGGAUGGGAAAAUGGCUACAGGAGAUGUAAUUGUCUACAUCAAUGACGUUUGUGUCUUGGGCACCACCCACGCCGACGUGGUGAAACUUUUCCAAUCGGUCCCGAUUGGUCAGAGCGUAACCCUUGUCCUGUGCAGGGGUUACCCGCUUCCUUAUGACCCUGAGGAUGCAGCCAGCACCCUUCUAUCCCCUCUCGGCCUCAUUGAGCGCCCUCUACUGGUCAACGGUCGAAACAGCUACGACAGCUACAUGGAGUACAUGUCCCGUACGGCUCGCUUCAUUGACCCCCUUCAAACGACGUUGGGACAGCCACACCCUGGAGACACCCACCUGGACACCGGACCGCUCAAGGACAGCAUCUCCAUGGCAUCGUCAGGAGUGGCCGGAGGAGAGCUGCUGACGGUUACCAUGGUGAAAGGAGCGGAUGGUUUUGGAUUCACCAUAGAAGACAGCAAUGGAGGGCAGAGGGUAAAGCAGAUUCUAGAGGCGCAGGGAUGCCCGGGGCUGUGCGAGAGUGAUCUCAUUGUGGAGAUUAACCAGCAACCUGCGUUAACACUGUCACACACGCAAGUGGUGGAGCUGCUGAAGGAGUGUCCAGUUGGAGCAGAGGCCACGCUGGUCAUACAGAGGGGAGGGGCAGGUCAUUUUUCACCUUGGAAAACUUCUAAACAGGUUUUGGAGCAUUGGGAUCCUCACAGCAGUCCCACGACCAGUCUAUCUAUCCAUGCUCUUCCCCACAGUGCUCCGUAUCUACACUGGCCCUCAGGUCCAGAGUUUGACAUGGGCAAGCCUGACCCCUAUUACCUGUAUGAGAAGUCCAGGGCUAUCUAUGAGAAUAGGCAGCCAGGGCUUCCUCGAACGGCCCUCCCUAAUGACCCCUCCGCGGCUGAGUUCCAUGAGGUGGAGGUACAUCUGCGCAGAUACAAGUCUGGUUUCGGCUUCAGGAUUCUGGGUGGGGAGGAACCAGGACAGCCUGUGAGUCCGGAGGCCCAGGAGAAGAUCCUGAUUGGUGCAAUCAUCGAGAAGAGCCCAGCAGAUAAAGACGGGCGUCUCCGGCCCGGAGACGAGCUGAUGUCGGUCGAUGGAAUCCCUGUGGCAGGAAAACCUCACCGUUAUGUCAUCGACCUGAUGCAUGGAGCAGCCCGGAAUGGCCAGGUCAAACUCACUGUGCGACGGGGAGUUCAGACAACAGGUGAACCCUUUCCAGAGAACGGCCGCAGUCCUGGAUCUACCCAGCACAGCUCCCCAAGGAGUGACUUCAACUCCAGAAUUUUCUCUAAUAACUCCGCCCCAUCCACUGUAGGCUCCUCCCCACCAGACACAGGAGCUAAUCAGAAUCAGCAGCCCAGUGACGUCACCAUCCAACGCAAGGAGACCGAAGGAUUCGGAUUUGUUAUUAUCAGUUCAUUGAACAGACCUGAAACCACGCCUGCUGCUGCUGUGCCUCAUAAGAUCGGGCGAAUCAUUGAGGGAAGUCCAGCAGACCACAGUGGAAAACUGAAAGUUGGAGAUCGUAUAAUGGCUGUCAACAAUCAGUCUAUCGUUAAUAUGCCGCAUGCGGACAUCGUCAAACUGAUCAAGGACGCCGGACUCAGUGUGACACUCAGGAUCAUCCCUCAGGAUGAGACGAACAGCACACCCUCUGCAGGCAGCUCAGAGAAACAGAGCCCAAUGGCUCAGCCCAGUCCAGUGUGCCACUCCAGCACUGUGAACCAGACCAGUGCUGCUCCUCUACUCAACUCCACCACUCAGUCUAACUCUGCACCUCAGCCUAACUCAGAAGCACAACACAGCCCUGUCACUCAAACCAGCCCAGCCAAUCAGCCCAGCUCAGUGACCCAGCAGAACACGCCCACCCAGCCCUCAAUUGUGCCAAUACAGAUCUACAGCCACGACAGUGGCUACAGGUCAGAAGUGAAAGCAAGACAGGAUGUAAAACCUGAUAUUCGGCAGCCGUUCACUGAUUACCGUCAACCUCCAGUGGACUACAGACACCCUCCUGUCGCAGACUACAGACAGCCACCAACACUCGAUUACAGGCACCCUCCACUGCUGGACUACAGACAGCUGUCCACUGACCCACGCACCUUUCCCUUACCAGACUACAGGAUGCCACAGGAUUUUGAUUUCUUUACGGUUGAGUUGGAAAAGGGUAUGAAAGGUUUUGGCUUCAGUAUCCGUGGUGGUCGCGAGUAUAAGAUGGACCUGUUUGUUCUGCGACUGGCCGAAGAUGGACCAGCUAUACGUAAUGGGAGAAUGAGGGUUGGUGAUCAGAUCAUUGAGAUAAAUGGGGAGAGCACGAGAGAUAUGACCCAUGCUCGCGCUAUUGAGCUCAUCAAAUCAGGUGGCCGCAGGGUACGUCUGCUACUCAAGAGAGGCACAGGGCAGGUCCCUGAGUAUGCAGAUAGUCCCACCCCCUGGGAUGCUCGCAUUACAGCCUCCCCAAGUCUGUCGGAAGUAGCACCACCCCUCGACAGCUUGUCAAAUCCAUCAGCUUCUCAUGUGAACCCACCCCCUGACCCACCUCAUACAUUGUCCUUGGAAGCAGCAGUUCUCAAUGGUUCCCAGGGUCUUAGAGGCCCAGAGAGUAGAGCUCUGGAGCAGGCCAGCAUGGGGAAGAAGUCAGGCCUAGCAGGCAGAGGUGGGACCAAGCACAGGGAGGGUGGCAGGACCAACCGUUGCUCUAGUGAAGGGAAGGGUCACCAAAAACACGACCGUGAUGAACUUGUGGGAGAACCUUAUGAGUCUAAACCCCUGAAAAGCAGUCGGGCGAAGUCCAAGGAGCGUAGGAGGGAACGGAGCAACACGCCUUCUCGAAAACGAGAGUCCCCCAAAAGUCUCCCAGCAAACACCAAUAUCAAUGGGGGGAAUGGAAACCCUGAAGGUAGUGGCAACCAGCAAGGGGCUGCGGUGCAACUCAAAGCCCUACCGAAGGAACCAGAGAAGGGUCAUGUCGAGAGUCGUCCUGACCGCAACUCCAAGAACAGCAGCAGCAAUCCACCAGGCAGGAAGGCCACAGUUUCCCCAGGACCUUGGAAGAUCCCGGGUUCAGACAAGAUACCCAGCACCCUACGCUCAGCCAACUCCACUAUCAGCAGAUAACAUCUCACCCCAAUCAAAGGCCCUUCUCCUGGCUUGAUCUUGAUUUUUGCCUUGACUUCGUUGGCCUGCUCUUUUGGACCAACUUCUGGCCAUGAUUCACCUUGUUUUUUUGGCCUACUUGGUAGAGCUAGGUUUUAACCUUGUGUUACCAAGCACCACCCCUUCCUACAACCCUCACUAAAGAUUUUCCCAUGCAUUUCUAGACAGAGCAUUUUUUAUUUAUAUUUUAUUCUAAAUUAUUUUAAGAGAUAUGACACCCACCACCUUAAGAACUGGAAGCAUUCACUCCAAAAAUGGAACUGUGGUAGAAUGAGUGAUGCAUUUAGUGUGCAAUAAACCCCAGACCGGUUUGAACUGUUGGGGAAAAGCACUCAGACAUACAGACUUACAUGCACAGAGAGCCACUUACUGACUCUAGACCACCACUGGUGGCCACAUACAUUUUUAUACACUUUCAUUAAAAAAUGAAGAAUAUAAAGGAGUUUCCUUGACAUUUUUUGUGUAUUUGAAGAAUGAAAAUGAAAAAAAAAAUUAUAUAUAACGGACAUUCGACAAUAGAACUCUGCCUUAAAUAAAGACUCUAUUGACCUGCAGAUGUCUGUAACAAAGGUCAGUAAAAUCAAUAUAGAAAUAGAUAUAUUAUAUGACUACAUACAGUAUAUAUAUUGUAAAUAUGGUCUUUAUACACCCAUGUGAGCCCAUUCUGGAGUGUUGACAUCAAACACAGUGUUAAUUAGAAGAGUAUAAACUACAAUGAAUUUUCUGUUUCAAUAUUUAAGGUGCUUUUACACUGAAAGCGAUGUAAAUGCUGAAGAUUGCCAAAUCGCUGGACUGUUGGUUGGUAAUAGUCAUUCCUACUUGCAGUGUACCAGGAGGUGGGUCUCAUGAGCUUCACUGUCUGAACUUUUAAUGGUAGUUGCUGCAUCAAGUUGAUCUCUGCUCAACUUUGUUGCAGUGUCAAUGGUCGUUGCCGCUCAUGUCGCCUCAAAUCGGCAACUUUCACUGAAAAUUAAUGACUUUUUGCUUGAUCACUUUCUCAUGGCAAAUCGCCAUGUGAAUGCCUCUCAAGGCCUGUGAUUGGUCAGCUGCUCUGUCAAGCCCAAAGUAUACCUCAGUUAGACGCAAACGUUAAGUGUAGGCAUACAGAACGUGUGACGUAAAUUUCAUUAGCAGAGUGCUGGAGCACUGAAUUUGUGUGUCCAGAUUUUUUUAACCGCGCAUGCUCUGAACACAAAGUGUACGCAUGUAUCUGGAUUUAUUUGCAAUAAUUAGUGGAUUCACAAGGUGGCAACACUCACAACUGAGCCAUUGCUUUCAUGAGAAAGUGCCAGAAGAUGAUGUAUUUGCUAGUAAACAACAGGAGAUGAAGGCUGAAGGUGGCGUUGUGUGAGUAGGUCAGGAGAUACCUGCAUUUGUAUAACUUUAGUCUGAAGGACUAUAAAGACAUCUUUAUGAGUCUAACCUCCUGAAGAUACAGUCCAGAUUCUCAUAGCAGCUGUAAUGCACAUGCGUCAACUGCCUGUGGAUGCACGCAAAGUCAAAUGGAGUAUACUUUGAAAGUGUUAGACUGUAUGCAUACACCAAGCGGUUCGUGUCAGAACCGAAAUAUACUUUGGGCUUCAGCCUCUCAAAGAGCCAAUGGGCUUUGACUAUCUCUUGACUCCGUCAUCACUGGCUUGAUCUAUUCUCCCUUUACUUGUCUACACAUAACAAAGCAAUUAGAAAGGUCAGAGGUGGUUUAGAUGAAACACAAAAUUGUUUUGAUUGGGGCAGAGUGCCUUAUGCAGACAGUUUAAAGCUUUAUUUGAGCUCUACAUUCUAGGCAACAACUUCACAACUGAAAAAGUUAUAUUUAUCCCUAUUGGAAAGUCCAGUUUAAGCUGGUAGCUGUUUUUUGGAACAUGGUUGCUGGUUUCUAGCUGGUCUUAGCUGGUUAUUAGCUGCUCCAAGCUGGUUCAAACUGGUCAUUAGGUGCACCAAGCUGGGAGACCAUUUUGGACCAGCAACAAACCAGCCACCAGAUGGUCAUACCAGCUCAAGGUGGCCAAGCUGGUUUUUUGAACAUGGUAGCUGGUCGACCAGUUAAGGACCUGCUUGGACCAGCAAGAAAUCAGCUACUAUGUUCCAAAACACAGCUACCAGCUGUAGCUGGAUUGCCUGCAGGAUUCAAUUGACAAUUUAAUUCAGUUGCAAAAAAAGUGCCAGGACUGAAUAAGCAUGUUGUCACAUCCCCAACUCUGAAUGCCAAUUGGUCUCCAGUUUAACUGUGAGGCUGUUUUUUUUUUUUUUUUUAAAUUCACAGUAUAGAUGUAUCAAUAAAAGAAUGAAAUGCUAUUUUCCUACAUAGAUAGAGGUGCUAGUCUUUUAAGAGAAGUGCAGAUAUUUAUUAAUGAUAUCUCUGAGUGGAGACAGGAGUUCAAAUGUUUGUUCAGCACUUUGUCUAUAAGUAGACAGUCAGUAGCUGUGAUAAAUACAUAUAAAUGCAGUACUGGUAAGAAUAACGCUGUAGAUCCAUGAUAUGCAUUGGAUACUUUUGAAGGAGGUAAUUCUCAGAAUCCCACUAGUAAACAGUGAAAAUAAUGAACACAAAUGAUAAUGGUAACCUUGCAUUAUUAUUUUUUUCUCAAAAUGUUCUGAAAUGCUUUUGACGUGUCGUACAACCGUAUAUAGAUGUGCACCGCCCACUUAAUGAUAUGUCGCGUGAAUUGUCCGGUAAUCACUGGGCGCACUUCAAAGUUCAGCAGUAAAUCUGUGCAUCACAUAACAAUGCUUCAUAUGUGGUAGUACUGUAGUUUGACACUUCUAGCUCAGUGCAUUGGGGAACAUUGACACGAAUCAUGUGAAAGGGCCUUGAAGUGCAACCAAAAUGUUUGAAAAUCAAAUUUUUCCAAGUUACAUUGACAUUGGUUAUUAACUCAUACACCAUUUUGGUAGCACUUAAAAAGGUCAAACACUUCAAGACACCAAAUUUGCUUCAUUGUGUGUUCAUAAUCAAAAAAUUGCAAUUUUGUCCAAAAUUAUGUGAAAUGUUUCACUUCUUUGAUAAUUGUGUGCAUGUGAAUCACUUUAAUUUAUGCGUGUCAACUCAAACCAAUUUCUCAUCAACUUUACUUUAAAUUUCUUUUGCAAAGCACCCAAGACAAGACUGUUCUCUCCAUUGUUAUAACACCAUAUCUAUUAUAUUCAUCUCCCACAGAAAUAAAGCAUUGACUGUUUCCACUGACGCUCUUUGACAAAUUUUUGUAGAUGACAAGGAGAGCCGACAAUGAUCUAGUCAUUACAAGAUAGUGCAAACUUUUCCCCGAUAAAGACAAAUUAAUUGAAGCACUCCAAAUGUGAUUGUGCCUUUGUGACUUGGCUAUUACAUUCGCAGUAAUAUUUUUCAUUCACAUCCUUAAAAACCCUAGACAGACAUUGUCAAAGUAAAUGUAUUUUCCAUAGAGCCCCGGCAAAGACUUAAUAAAUAAAUAAGAUGGAUAAUUCCAUAUGCAGCUAUGAUACCUCUCCAUAGAGCUAUAGACAUGAACUGGGAAAUUUUGCUUAAAGUAUAAAUUUUUUAGAAGUCUUAAGAAUAAGGAGCAAGGCAUCUUAAGGCCAGAAACAUAUGCUUGUACACAAAUGCAUACUCAAAUGGUCAGCCAACGUGUUGAAAGCGUCCAAUCCUGUUGUUGUCCCAUACUUAAAGGGAUAGUUCACCCAACAAUGAAAAUUCUCUCAUGCCAUCCCAGAUGUGUAUGACUUUCUUUAUUCUGCUGAACAUAAAAGAAGAUUUUUAGAAAAAUAUCUCAGCUCUGUUGGUCCAUACAAUGUAAGUGAAUGGUGACCAGAACC